GGGAGACGGCCCCGACGCGAAACGACCGUCGAGUGGAAGGCGGGAAAAUGGCGGACACCUCGGGGCGCGGCGUGGGGAAGCCUCCAGCAGCAGAUCCCAACACGCCCAGUGGUGCAAAGCCGAGAGGAAGAAGAGGGCAAGGUGGAAGAGUGGUCGAGUCCCGGUACCUGCAGUACGAGAGGAAAACAGCCAAAAAGGCUCCUGCCACCGACGUGGCGAAGGCCAGCGGGAAGAUGCCUGAGGGAGGACGGAAGCCGAGCUCGCUCCAGAAGAGCCGAGAUGACAGCGGGCUCAGGAAGGGCGACCUGCAGUCGACGCUGCUGGAGGGACACGGCACGGCCCCCCCGGACCUGGACCUCUCCGCCAUCAACGAUAAAAGCACACUCCGAAAGACGCCACAGCUAGAAAAGACGCUGUUGAAGAAAACAGAAUCGAAUUCGUUCUCUGCCUUGCGGAAGAAAAGCCCCGACCUCCCUGAGUCGAUGGAGAUGAUGGAGUCACAGACACUGCUGCUCACGCUGCUGACGGUCAAGAUAGAGAGCGGCCUGGCCCGGCUGGAGGAGAGGGCCGAGGGGGCCCUGCUGGCCCUGUGCCGGGAGCGGGAGAAGCUCCAGGAAAAGGCUCACGAGCUGAGGCGCAGCCUCCUCCUCUCACGGAAGAAGCGGGAGCUGACGGAAGUCCUGGACGCCCAGAUUGAAAUCCUCAGCCCCUUUGAGGCCGUGGCUGGGCCCUUCCAGGAGCGUUACAGAAGCUUCGCAGCCGCCCUGGACACCACGCGGCACGAGCUGCCGGUGAGCUCGAUCCACCUGGCGGGAGACGGGCCGCAGUUCCUAGACGAUCUGCAACACGAAUUGGCCACCACGCACCGUAUCCUGGGAGAGCUGGGGCCCAGCAGCUCUGAAGACAACCUGAGAGCCCUGGACUUACUGAGCGAGCUCAAGGAAAUAACCGUGAAGAAAGACCUCGAGCUCCGCAGGAGCUUCGCCCAGGUGCUGGAACUCUCUGCCGAGGCCAGUAAAGAGGCUGCCCUCGUGAACCAGGACGCCUGGGAGGAGGUGCAGGGCUCUGCAGCCUCGAGCCGGUGGUAUUUCCAGCGAGAGGGCAUCGGCGAGGCGCCUCCUGGGGAGCCCCCCGGCACCCCGUUCUCGGUUGGCGAUGGGCUGCGCACGCCCUGAGGCCCCCGGCCAGGCACCCCGCUGCCUGCGGACACUCGGGGGGGACGACACCCCGACCUGCUUGUCUGGGGAGGACUCAGGUGGACACAGGAUGGACGUCGAGCAUGUGACCCGCUCUCUGCGGCUGGUUUUGUGUGAUGGUUCCAUUUGAUAAUUUGAGUAAAUACAGCUUCAGAGCUCUCGUGUCAGAGGCAUCUAGAGGCAAAUGUC